GUGCCUCCUCGCCAUCUUGUUGCAAAGCCUUUUCUUGUCGGCGGGACUCCCGGGGGCUGCGGGGCGGGAGGCAUCAGAAGGGAGGAAGAGAGGGAGGGGAAGGAGGGAGUCAGUGCCGCCUUUUUUUUUUUUUGCAUCAGAAUUUUUUUGAAUUUGCAGAUUACAUUUUGCAAAUAUUUGGGGAGACAUUGAUUUUUCUUCCGUGCUCCCCCGUUCUUCCCUGCGGAGUGCGCUGCGCCGCCCAGCCCUGUCGCCCCCCGGAGGUAACCCCUCCCUCCUGCCUGCUCGCCAGCCUGACCUGUGCCCGGCUCGCGGGCCGCAGCCUCGGCCCCGGCGCGCCCCCGGCCGCCCUCGGCGCGAUGAGCAUAGAGACGCUACUGGAGGCAGCCCGCUUCCUGGAAUGGCAGGCGCAGCAACAACAGAGAGCACGUGAGGAGCAGGAGCGGCUUCGCUUGGAGCGAGAGCGGGAGCAGGAACAGAAGAAGGCCAGCAGCCUGGCCAGGCUGGCCCAUGCCCUGCCCUUGGAGGAGCCCCGCAUCGAGGCACCACCCCUGCCUCUGUCUCCCCCUGCACCCCCGCCGGCACCUCCGCCACCGCUUGCCACCCCCACCCCACUGACUGUCAUUCCUAUUCCAGUAGUGACCAAUUCCCCCCAACCAUUACCCCCGCCCCCCUCACUGCCCCCUGCAGCCCAGCCUCUGCCCCUGGCGCCUCGCCAGCCAGCUUUGGUUAGCACCCCUGGACUCAGCAUUAAAGAAUCUGCCCCCCUACCCACCAGGCCACAGGUGCCUACCCCUGCUCCCCUGCUGCCGGACUCCAAGACCAGCCUUCCACCCACUGGCAGCCCCAAGCCUUUGCAGCCCCUCUCCACGCCCAUCCUGACCAUAGCACCACAUCCUGGGGUCCAGCCCCAGCUGGCCCCCCAGCAGCCACCCCCACCCACUCUUGGGACCCUGAAGUUGGCACCAGCUGAAGAAGUCAAAUCCAGCGAACAGAAGAAGAGGCCUGGGGGGAUCGGAACCAGAGAAGUCCACAACAAAUUGGAGAAGAACAGGCGGGCCCAUCUGAAGGAAUGCUUUGAGACUCUGAAGCGCAACAUCCCCAACGUGGACGACAAGAAGACGUCAAAUCUGAGCGUGCUGCGGACCGCGCUGCGGUACAUCCAGUCCCUGAAGAGGAAGGAGAAGGAAUACGAGCAUGAGAUGGAGCGGCUGGCGAGGGAGAAGAUUGCCACACAGCAGCGGCUGGCCGAGCUCAAGCACGAGCUGAGCCAGUGGAUGGACGUGCUGGAGAUUGAUCGUGUGCUCCGGCAGACGGGCCAGCCCGAGGAUGACCAGGCCUCCACCUCUACUGCCUCCGAGGGUGAGGACAACAUAGACGAGGAUAUGGAGGAGGACCAGGCCGGCCUGGGCCCACCUAAGCUGAGCCAUCGCCCCCACCCGGAGCUGCCGAAGCCACCGCCCAGCACCGCCCCCGCGCCUCUGCCGCCCCACCCACACCCUCACUCCCAGCCUGUGGCCCUGUCUCCUGCCCACCUGCCUGGGCAGCAGCCGCCGACACAGCAGAAGACACCUCUGCCGGCCCCUCCUCCCCCGCCAGCUGCCCCUGCCCAGACACUGGUGCCUGCUCCAGCCCACCUGGUGGCCGCAGCUGGGGGAGGCUCCACGGUCAUCGCCCACACAGCCACCACCCAUGCCUCAGUCAUCCAGACUGUGAACCAUGUUCUACAGGGUCCAGGCGGCAAGCACAUUGCCCACAUCGCCCCCUCGGCCCCCAGCCCUGCUAUGCAGCUGGCACCUGCCACACCCCCCAUUGGCCACAUCACAGUGCACCCAGCCACGCUCAACCAUGUGGCCCACCUUGGCUCCCAGCUGCCCCUGUACCCGCAGCCCGUGGCGGUGAGCCAGCCGGUGGCGGUGAGCCACAUUGCCCACACCCUCUCACACCAGCAAGUGAAUGGCACAGCUGGGCUGGGUCCCCCGGCCACCGUUAUGGCGAAGCCAGCCGUGGGGGCGCAGGUGGUACACCACCCCCAGCUGGUGGGCCAGACAGUGCUCAAUCCUGUGACCAUGGUCACCAUGCCCUCCUUCCCAGUCAGCACACUCAAGCUGGCUUGAGGAUGAGGCCACUCAGAGGCCCCCAGUGGGGGCAGCGAGGGGGACCUAUCCCCCACUUUCCCACCCACCAGCUCCACACAUUCCAGCCAGGCCCAGGCCCGCCCCACCCACACCCACCCCCAGGCCUCCUAGGGGAAGGGGGUGCAGAGACUCUGAGCCAGGGGAGGGAGGGGCCGCCCCAGGGAGCUGGGCACAGGCAGGGGAUUCCCUCACUGCACUAGGACUUGAUAAAAUGAGAGACUGAUGAACAGGCUACCCAUUGGCCUGGUGCCAACUCCAGUGCUAUUCCUGCUUCCUCACCCGAUCCCCCGAAACCAGUUAGACGUGGAUGUCAUGUUUUCUGACUUCCCCUACCCUGUCCGCCUUCCUGUGCUGCUGCUGCUAUUGCUUUGUCUGGCGAGGGGGCCCUCCCCUCCCAAGCCUCAGCCUUCUCUUCCCAGACCUUUGGAGGGCAAAGGGGGAAGCCGAACUGAAGCAACUUGGCCCAGAAAGCUGGGGACCAUGGGCGCCCUGCUCUGAGUACAGGUAACAGAUCCCAGGAAGUGGCUGGUCUGGAGUUCCACCCAGCCCGGGGCGCUCCAACCCAAAGCAGUCACCGUGAUUCGUUACAGCAGAAACUAGUUAAGACGCUUCUGCCAUCAGCCGACCAAACGCAAGCUGUUGCCAAGCUCCCGAGCCCGCCAAACCUUGCCACCAGACUCUUGUCCUCAGGAGGGCAGGCUGAGGGUGGGGUGGAGGAGGGGCUUGCCCCCCCCCUUCCUCCUCCCUAUGGGCAUAAAUUUUGGCCUCUGGAAGGCAGAGGGGAGGGGCUCUGUCUGGUGUUCAGUCCCCUGGCUCCUUGGCCUGUGCUUGGUACUGUGCACACCCCCCAGCCCCCAGGGGACGUUGCCUCCUGCAGCCAGGGUGACAUGGACCAGCAUCUGGCCUUGGUUCCAGAAGCCUGCAGCCACGCUGUUGAGACAGUCAGGAAGCUGAGCUCCAGGAGCUUGGCCAGCCCCUUCCCCAAUGGCCUGGGAAGCUGUAGAGAGGGAGCAGGGAGCCCUCCAGACAGCAGAGGGCUCGUGCCUCUGUCUCUACUCAUCUUUCUUCCUCCGGAAUACCCUUUCCUCCCGUGGGCUGUUCUGAGUGUACCCACCCUGGUGGGCUGCUGUGUACCACUGCCUUCCUCUUUAGCUGGGGGCAAGGCUGAGCUUGGGGUGGUGAUGGGGGAGGGGCUGUGUGUGGGUUGCUUGCCCUGCCUCUGCCUCUGCCUCAGCCUAUGACUUUGGCUUCUUUUAUGUGGGUAUUCCUUACAAGUGACCUUUGUGUCAGACACUCAGUUACACACACAUGCACACUCAGCUCCCCACCCGGACACACCAAUGGCCUUUCAGUGUGUGGGGGGGAGGAAAAAAGUGUCCCUAGGUGUGAAGUCUGCGUCGACAGGCUGGGGGAGGUGACCGUGUAGGGGCCCAGAAUCUGGAGUGUCCAGCAGGAUGAGACAGAAGUCAACAAAGAUCUUGAAUAGAUUUAAACACCUAAUAAUUCCCUUUCAUUUUCUUCCUGGUCCUGGAGACUUCCCAGGGGACUGUUUUCUAGUCUGUUCUCGGGGUGGGGGAAAAGGAAGGCCUUUUGAUGCCUUAGAGGCCUCUAGAAGGGAGCCCUGUGCCCAACCCAACUCAGCACUCCCACCUCAUAAGCUUGCUGCCUUCCUGCACCUGCAGCCACCUCCACCCUUGUUCUUGGCGGGAGCUGGUUUCACGAAUCCCAGUGAUUAUAGUGAAAAGGGCAGAGGGGGAGAUGGCAGGCUUGGCACCCAGGGAACAGAGACGCGUUGGUGAACUUGCCCUCUCAGCUCUGUUCUCCCCGCAUCUCGAGGCAGUUCAGAGUGCCCCUGGGCCUGCACAGAUACCUCAUCUGCCUGCCGCUGCCCCCUCCCCGCGGCAGUGGGGGGCCUCCGACUCUAGUGCCGAAUGACUAUGUCCAGAUUGGUGACAAUGGGUGUUGUUGCUGUUGUUUCGUUGUGUUCGUGAAUGCUGUGACACUGUGUGCCCAAGAGAGGCAGCCUCCGGCCAGCCCAUCCUUGGGCAUCUCCCCUCUGAGAGCUGUCCGGACCUUGAGCGUCCUCGCCCUGUGGGACCGCCUGCCCCUCCCCUCUCUAGCCCUUCCAGCCUGGGGGACUCGAGUGUGCGCGCAUGGGCAUGCACACGCACACACACACAUCUUACCUCUCAUGCGUGUUUUACUUUUUUGAUGUUCAGAGUGGCUCACUGGCUGGGAAUCUUUACCUCGGGGAGAGGGGGAGGCUGGUUCCUUGGGGGAGGCCAAAGAAGGGCAGGGAAUGCCUGGAGGGGGAUGGGGGGGUCAUCAUAACCCCUGUACUCUCUAGGAGUAGCUUCUCUCCCUCCCAGGGUUCCACCCCCAUCCCUCAAAGAGGUGGCCCUUGUUUACAGUGAGGACUCGGUCACUGUGUCUCCGUUUCCUGAAAUAUAAACUGUAGCGACCCCAGACUGUAGAGGUUUUUAUGUGUUUGGAUACAUCUGCUGUGUGGGAAAAAAAACUACAAAAACCCUAAUUUUGUACAUAUUGUAUUUUUACUAUUGAACUGUAUUCUAGUGGCUGUUCAUGCUCCAAGACUUUAGGUAUUGAGACAUGAAUACUCUCCAUGUAAUAAGCACUUGCCUGGAAUAAAAUAUAAAACUGAAAUAAACCUGCACUGAAACCUGAGCUGGAGCUGCCAGCCGGCAGCAUCUGGGUCAUUUUGUUGCAAGAGGAAGCAGAGACUUUAGCAGGAGAGUUCAGCACACAGCAGGGUCCUUAACCGGUUAUGGGGGGCACGGUCCUCAAGCAACGUCCAUGUCCGUCUAGAAAAAAUUCAGAACCUGUUCCCAAGGCCCAGUGCUCAGCAAGCCCUGAGAACUCUGGCUCUGUUCUUCCUUACACUUCUGCAAUACUUUGUACUUCCUCAAACCGUUUUACAAGCAGUAUCUUGUUUCAUCUCCAGCAGCGCAGUGGGGUAAGUAAGCCAACUCGUCCAUUCUGGCAGAUAAGGAAACAGGUAUGGGGUGGCGGAGUGACUAGGUCGCGCAGCUAGCAAGCUGGGGCCCUGGUGGUGCCGGUCAGACCUCAACCGUGCAGUCCUUUCCCCAGGCCCAGGAAGUGAGUGCCACCCAC